AUGUUUGCUGAUUAUCGUGUUCCUCAAAAUGUUUCAAAACGUGAAGAAUUAAUUCCAUUUUGUGAUGAUGAUGAAAUAGAAACUCGUACUGAAUUUCUUUUAAUUGUUUGUUAUCUUGUUAAUCAAAUAAAUGAAAAUAUGCAUUUAGAAAAAGAUAUUGAAGAUCAAGGACAAAGAUUAAAUACUGUAGUUAUUAAUGAUUUUCUUUGGAGAAAAUGA